AUGGACGACACCACAUACUGCACCAUGGGCCCUUACACGGACGAGAUGUUCUACAACGAUCUUUCCAAAACAUCCCAUCGCCGUCUUGACAAGGGCAUUGCAGAAGUUUUGAUCAAGGAGGGCUGGGAGACAACGGAGUGGAUGAAGUCCAAAGGCCACAAAUGGAAGUUGAUGAUUAAAAAGUCUCACGACGUCGAGAACCUGGCUUCCAGAGGGGAGGUGAUAAAUAUAAGCUCUGGCGCAUGGCGGUGGGCGGCGGUCCCAGCUCACAAUCACAUCGCUGCCGGAGACACAGUGCACGGCGUCAAGAUCUGCACCGCGAUGGCUUCACAGACGUCCAUGGGAAGGUGGUGUUCGCCAGCGGUGGCCUUUCAUCCAAUCCAGCCAUGCGCCGCCAGUACCUCGGAGAAGGCUGGGAACCUGAUAUUUGUGCGCGGAGCUAAAUACAACAUGGGCACGAUGCUCAACCGUGCCAUCGUCGCGGGUGGCCGUCCUGUUGGCCACUGGGAUGCUGCCCACGCCUCACCCCAGGACGCCAACGGUCCCUUAACAGGCGACAUCAAUGUCUCGAUGCAUAUGCCGCGAUACGCGUACCCAUACGGCAUCACCAUCAACAAGGGCGAGCGCUUUUUCGACGAAGGGAAGGACGAUUUUGACAAGACAUACGCAAAGACUGGCAAGAAGAUCGGCGAUAAGCCCGGAGCCAGGGCGUUCCAGAUCUUUGACCAGCAGAACAUCCACCUCCUACCCAAGCGGUACCAAACGGCGACGCCUAUCUACGCCGACACCAUCCAAGAGCUCGCGGAGAGGAUGGGCGUAAAUGCCGCGGGCCUGCUCAAGACCGUCGAGACGUUCAACGCUGCAUGCUCCGGUGACGCCACCAAGUUCAACCCCACCAGACUGGACGGGCUGCGCACGUCGCCCGAGGCGAAGCUACCAUUUCCCAAGACGAAUUGGACUACGAGGGAUCGACAGGGGCCUUUCUGUAGCCUACGCCGUGGCAUGUGGCAUCACCUUCACAUAUGGCGGCAUCGCCACAAAUACGGAGGCCCGUGUACUGAAUAA